AUGGCUGACGCUGUCUCACAAGUGGUGGAGGGCGAGACUGAGGAUGAUCUCCUGACUAAGGAAAAAUCGUACCUCUUUGAAGAGAGGUUAGAGACCGCUGGGCGUUUGCGGCAGCUGGGGAACGAACGGUUCAAGAGAGGCUGUAUGGAGGACGCUGCGGAGGCAUACGAAAGAGCGCUGCACCACGUGGACUUUGACGAGCUUCAGAUAAACUUCGACUUCAGCGACAAGCACAGGGAAAGCCUCACGGCCGCGAAGCUUCCGGUGCUUCUCAACCUGUGCCAGUGCCUCGCCAAGCUGGGCGGGAGCGCGAGGGGGGGGGGGGGGGGGGGGGGGGGGAAAAACCGGGGCCCCCCCCGGAAUUUCGGGGCCAAGGGAUUCAACUAA